AUGGCGACAGCUUCAAUCGGAGAUGAAGACGGAAGUUUGAGGGUAAUAAUUCGAGAAAAUUUCACCAACUGCUCCAUCUGCCUCAAAGAUUUUGAAGAUCCAACAGUUCUCCCCUGUCUCCACACCUACUGUAAACGAUGUCUGGCCAGCUACAUCCCCGAAAAUACACCAGGAAGCAAGUUCCUGUGUCCCUUGUGCCAGAAAGAGACAAAAAUCCCUGAAGAUGGAGUUGAAGGCUUCCUCCAUAACUACUUAAUUGACAGCCUCCAGGACACUGUGCUCACACUGACCAGGAAGAAGAAAUGUGGUGCCUGUGCCGUAGAGGGCGAAGAUGUUGAGGCAGUGUCCAAAUGUCUCAACUGCAGUGAGUACCUCUGUAGCCCUUGUGCCAAGUCUCAUAUUCGUUUCAAAAUCUCAGUGAAUCACAAGGUCUACACCUUAGAUCAGCUACAUAGUGGGGAACACCAACAAGAGGUCCAGGAAUUCCAGCGUGUUUUCUGUCCUGAACACAAAGAAGAACCUAUCAGGUAUUUCUGUCUCAAGUGCCAGAUACCCAUAUGCCGUGACUGCAAGGCCCUCACUCACGAUGAGCACAAGAGCACAUCUCUGGAUACUGCCAUAGAAACAGUGAAGCCCAAACUGGCGUCCAUGCUGGAGAAGUUAGACGACAAGAUCAGCGUACAAGAAAACGAGUUAACCAUCCUGCGGGGUGUGCUCAGGGACCACGAUAUCAAUACCAGCUCUGUGAUGAAGGACAUCUCAGACCACAGUCGCCAUCUUCAGCAACAGAUUCAGCAGCAGGAGAAAAAGCUUCUCCAAGAAGUUCAGCAAGUCAGCAAGGCUCAUAAGAAGAACAUCACCUUGUACUUGGAGAGUUGUGAGGUCACCACGUCAACCAUGAAGAGCACCUCAGAUCUAGUGAGUACCAUCCUGUCCCGUGGUACUCCAGCCGAGAUCCUCAUUCUACAGCAGCAAGUAGGAGACAUGUUACAGGAGCUCCUACUGCCAUCUGAUGGCGGUGAUAUCCCACAACACCUCAGCCUUCAACUACAGGCCAACAAUGUUGUUGACAGAGAAGUGAAUAAAGGGACAGGACUUGGGAAGAUACAACAAAACAGACCAUCGUGUGAACCAUCGUGUGUAACACGGAAGGCACAGAUCAAAAAUAAACCACACUUGGUUAGUCAGUUUGAUUCAAACUGUAUCAAUCCAUAUAGUCUUACCACCCCUGCCAAACUGAAGCAGGGAUACCUGGUGGUGGAUUACUAUAACAACAAAGUGUGCAGAUUCAGCUCAGAUGGACAACUCCUUGUGCAGCAAUCCAAGGCUGGUAACAGGUCACUGUGCAACCCUUUUGGUGUAGCAGUACUACCUGAUGGCCCUAUAGUAGUAUCUGAAUCUGACAACAACAAACUAAUCUUCAUGUCACAAGACUUAAACUUCACAAAAGAAUAUCCUGAUAUCAAAUUUCCUGAUGGUUUACAUGUCACCAACUCCAAUACCAUCCUGGUUGCUCAGCCUACACUUAAACAAGUUAGCAUUGUCAACACUCACGGUGCCACAGUGGAUACCAUAAAGCACAGUGGUCUUCAGGUGCCUUGGUAUGUGGCAGUCCUUAAUAAUGGGAACAUUGUUGUGUCCGAUUCGCAUGCUAAAGCAGUUUUCAUCCUGAGUCCCGCUGGGUCACUGCUCCACACCUACACUGGCUCUGGACAGAAUAAACUCUGUUGUCCAUGUGGAGUCUGUGUUGACCAGUAUGAUACCAUUUUCAUUGCUGACCACCCCACCCACAAAAUUCACAUCAUAUCAAAUGAUGGUAAAUUUGUCCAGUUCUUAGCAACUGGAGAUGACGGACUGCAGCAUCCACUUGGUUUAACCAUCAACUGUGAUGGUGAUUUAGCAGUGUCUCAGCACGGAGGGAUGGUCAAGGUGUUUAGUGCCAUGGAAGUUUUGGACAUCACUGGGACGAUGCAGGGGGAAAGAUCAAGACAACACUGGUUCCAGCAAGACAAGGUCACCCCCAACACAUCAAAUGACUCCCUAGCCUGA